AGGAAAUGGAGGCCAUGGAUUCUGUCCUGGUGAAUAGGCUUGCAAUCCAUGAGAAUAUAAACUGGCUUGGGUGGAGCGCCUGCCUUAUUCUCCACGGUCAUUAAUCUCUACUUUCCAUAAACCUCGAAAUAUCCAACGAUGCACUUCUUACCAGCCUUCGUCAGCGCAUUGUCAUGCCUCUCUUUCGCUACGCAAGUUUUCUCAAGCCCACACAAGGCCAACCCCGCCUCGCUUUCCAAAACUCUCAUCAUGAAGCAAACGAUGGACUAUACUAAAGGCGCUCUGCCCAUCUACGGCCCAGACGGCACCAUUGUUUACAGUUUUAUGAGGAAUAUACAUGACCCUGUCACAGGCUACACUACCGUAGUCCUCAUGAACCCAACCUCGAACCCAUUGUUCGUACUGAGAUCGUCAAACAAUCUCUGCGCUCACAAGACAACCUACACCGGUUCGGACGUGUCCGGAUCCCGAAAACAGCAAUUUAACAUCGACCCUAACGGUCUGCUGAAAGACCAGUGGUCAUUCAACUAUGUUGAUAGCACGGGCACCCAACAAAACUAUAAGUUUGACCGAAACUACGCCAGCAAAGAGGGUGAAAUUUACCACGAAAACGGCGACCUGGUAGCCGAGCUCAGAAAUCAAAAGCGAACGGAUUCCUGGAUCACCACCCCUUCAGUACAUGAAGUCGACACUUAUACCCUCUCAUAUGCUCAAGAUUCCCCAGCGGUCGAGUUGGCUCUAUUGAUGGGCUUGGUUAUGAGCCGCGUCCACGAUUGUGGAAUUUGAUGCGCAUCCUCCUUUCCGCCUAAUCGCCUUUGAAUGUUGUCCAUAUCUACCCCGUCUCUUUUGCUCUAGCCCUGGAUAACUUUCCACAUCUUCUGCUAUCGGAUUUGUAUCAUGUUUUUCUCUUAUUUCUUGCGUUUGUAACUUGAUUUGUGUGUUGGUCAUGGAGGACAAAUAGCCUCAAACUCGAAGCAUAAAAAGCCUGCAACAAAGAAGUUGAGGUUUCCGAUCGAA